AAAUGUCUGCUCCCAUAGAAAAUCAUGACAGUCGUCUGAGUCGAGGACUCAUUUAUCGUGUGUUUAUGAUUUAGCACUACAUUGCCAUAUAUAUAUAUAUGUCACAGUAAAAGAUAUAUGCGAAGUCGCUAAUAUUUCGAACUAUAUUGUAUUCGUAGAUUGUUAAAAGAAAUAAUGGCAACUGCACUAUCAUACUCAAGAGUUAGGUAUCAAAAAUUGAGGAAUUUGUCCAGAUUUUCAAAGAUUUUGCGAUUGCAGUCUUCAAGAUGUUGUCAAGAAAGAGACAACUUGCCUGAGUUUGGGAGCAGUGUCUUGUCAGAGCUGUCCAUGAUUGACCCAGAUCUCGAUGUUGGGAAAAAACUCGCAAACCCUAUUGAACUUCAGAAAAACAUUGAGGCUAGAGGACUAGAAAAUAUAAACAUACAGAAACUGGCAAUAAAGUAUGGUAGAAUGAUGAAGAUUAAACAGGAAAAGGAUGCUUUGGAUCAAGAAAGAAAAAUGUUAAACAAUCAGAUUCAAACAAUGAUUAAAGAAAAGAUUCAAAAUGAGGAAAUUGAAAAUGUCAAAGUUAAAGCUAGGGGUUUGCGAGAACAACAUGAUACAGUAGUGAAAUCCCUACAGGAUGUGCAUCAUGAAGUGAAUUUGAUGGCAUUUGGUCUCCCUAAUACACUCAGCCUCCAGACUCCAGUGGAUAAUGAAGAGGUUCUGGAGGUCUUUGGAUCUACUGAGAUCAAACAGAAAAAAGAUAAUUUCUCUCAUAUUGAAGUUGCUGAGAAGACUGAUUUGAUCAAGUUCAGUUCAGUUGGAGAUCAAGCUUUUUAUUUCACCGGUGAAGCAGCAGAGUUACAACAGCAUCUUCUGUCGUAUUUCUCUACACGGGUUGUGGACCAGGGAUUCAUUCCAAUGAAGACACCUGAUUUUUUCAAAGAUUUUGUCAUUGAAGGCUGUGGAAUCCACAAAGAAAUGACAUACCUGAUGCAUCAGCCCUAUGUGGAUCAAGGAAUACAGUAUUGUGUGUUAGGAACCUCUGAAGCAUCUUUUGCAGCAUAUCUUACAAAGAUGAAUAUUUCCCAGAAAUCUCUGCCCCUUCAGCUCAUGUCAAUGGGUCCCAGCUAUAGUCCAAUGAGAAAGUUGUUGUACCCAGGGCUAUUUUCUGCAGCCCAAACUUCAAAAGUAAACCUGUUAGGAGUUAAUUCCACUUCUGAGGAGAGCUAUUCAACUUUUACAGAACUACAACAACUAAUACUGGAAAUGUACAAACAACUGGAAAUACCACUAAGACUGAUAUUAGUUCCAGCUCAUAAGCUGAAAUUGUCAGAAGAGAUUCGUGCAGAAUUACAGAUAUGGACCCCAAGUUUACAAGAAUAUUUAUCGGUGUAUGGCGAAGUGCUCGAUACGGCCAGGCUGAUAGCAGUGCUGCUGGAACAUGGAUCUCUAGACAAGAAAGCUUGUUAUUCCCUUUUUCCUGGCAUGGAGAUACAGAGCACUACCCCACCUCCAGCAGACAGGCAAAGGGAGAGAGUGACCAGUUUUCAUCCACAAGAUGACAUUCGUCGACUAAUGCCAGAACCUCAGAGAGUGGAGUUUGAAGUGGAUGUUGUUCAGUUUCUGUUGACUCUGGCUGCACUUGGAUCCAGGCUGUGGAUGUUGGGUCACCCUAGGGCUGUAGUAUUUGAUGAACUUCAUUUCGCAAAAUUUGCAUUACUGUACACGAAGAAAAUAUUUUUCUUUGAUGUUCACCCUCCUCUUGGAAAACUCUUGUUAGCCGUGGCAGGAGGUUUUAGUGGUCUAGAGGACAAUGCAGAUUUUGACCAUAUUGGUGCAGGUUACUCGCCUACAUUCCCGGUGUACACAAUGCGGCUUCUUCCUGCAGUGCUGGGCAGUCUAGUGGUUCCGUUAGUGUAUCAGAUUGUGGUGGAGCUCCGCCUGUCUCGAUGGGCAGCCCUUUUGGCGGGACUCUGUGUCAUCUUUGAUAACGCCUUGCUGGUGCAGUCACGGUUUAUGUUGAUGGAGGGCAUGCUGCUGUUCUUCAUGUGUCUCUCACUAUACAGUUACCUCAAGUUCAGAAAUCUAGCUCACAGACAAUUUUCUGUGCAGUGGUUUUUCUGGCUCAGUCUAACAGGUGUCUCUUUCACCUGUAAUCUUAGUAUAAAGUAUGUGGGAUUUUUCACAGCUGCUCUGAUAAUGAUUCAAGUUGCUAAAGAUUACUGGAACUUAUUGGGAGAUGUCACCAAAUCUGAUCUGUGCCUGGUGAAGCACCUGUUUGUCCGUGCCUUUCUCCUUCUGACUGUCCCAGUCCUUGGCUAUGUAUUCAUCUUCUACAUCCAUCUGUCACUCCUGACCAAGGCUGGUCCCCAUGACAACAUCAUGACUAGUGCCUUCCAAGCUAGUCUAGAGGGAGGUUUAGCUGCCCUCACCAAAGGACAGCCCCUCAAUGUGGCCUAUGGCUCCCAGAUCACCCUGAGACACACCCACUCUCUGUCACCUGGAAAACCCUGCUGGCUCCACUCCCAUGCUCAUGUUUAUCCAAUCAGAUAUCCUGAUGGGAGGGGCAGCAGUCAUCAACAGCAAGUCACAUGUUAUGUGUUUAAGGAUAUCAACAACUGGUGGAUUGUUAAGCAUCCCGAUAGAAAUCUGCUAGUGGUAGAUGAGCCUCCUAAGCCAGUCAAGCAUGGAGAUGUGGUACAACUGGUCCAUGGAAUCACCAGCCGCGCCCUCAACAGUCAUGAUGUGGCGGCCCCUUUGACCCCUCAGAACCAGGAGGUGACCUGUUACAUUGACUACAACAUCUCCAUGGCAUCCCAGAACCUGUGGAAAGUGGAGAUUGUCAACAGGAAGUCAGACGAUGAGGCAUGGCAGAUCAUCAACAGUCAUAUCCGCCUCCACCAUCUGGGGACUGGACAGGCACUCAAAUCCACGGGGAAGCAGCUGCCUGACUGGGGGUUCUUCCAGCUGGAGGUGACCACAGACAGAGUCACAGACCAACCAGCCACUGUGUGGAAUGUAGAGGAGCACAGGUACACCAAAAUUCAGGACAAGGAGGGUCAGACUCGAGAUAUCGCCCACUCUGAGAUGAUCCCCACUGAGCCCACGCGCCUGUCCUUCUGGACCAAGUUCCUGGAACUACAGUACAAGAUGUUCAUGGCUAAGGGUGAUGUGGAGAUGGAACACAAGUACAGCUCAGAGCCCAUACAGUGGCCAUUCCUCUCCAAAAACGUGGCUUACUGGAUGAGCCCAAAUAACAAUCAACAGAUCCACCUGAUCGGAAACCCUGUGGUGUGGUACUCAGCCUUCCUGUCCGUGAUUCUCUAUGUAGGAGUGUUCGUCUUCUAUUUAAUGAGGAGGCAGAGGGCCUGUUACGACCUCAGUGAGAGUGAUUGGAGCAACUUUGUGUUUGUGGGAGAAAUUUUGGUUGGAGGCUAUUUACUGCAUUAUCUCCCUUUCUUUUUGACGGAUCGUACCUUGUUUCUUCACAGUUAUCUACCCUGUGUAAUAUACAAAAUACUUGUAAUGGCAGCUCUCACAGAUCACCUGUAUUCCCUGAGUAAAAGGAUCUCCUACAUUCCCAGCCUGCUGACAAUCUUUGUACUCGGUCUGGUGACCUGUGUUGUGUGGGCAUUCUAUAGACUCUCUCCUUUUACCUAUGGUAGCAUAAGUCUGCGGACAGAGGAGAUCCUGGGUCUGAUGUGGAGGGACACCUGGGACUUCCUGAUUCAUGCCACCCCGUCACCACCCCCACAGUAGGGAGGGAGGAGGGGGAAUCAUAAAAUUAAUACCAGGGGCUAGCAAAUUUAAAGAAAUUGGAAAAGAAGAUCAUCAUGUUUGAGAAAUUUAAGAUAAUUUAAAAGAAAAAGAGAGAAAUUAAGAGAAAUUUAAGUAAUAUACCCAAAAGAAAGUGCCAUCUGUAGGAUAUACCUGUAACAAUUAUUGAAGAAUCUCUAUUAAUGCUAGUCAUAUCUUAUACAGGAUGAUUAUACUGAACAGGUAUAUAUAAAGAAAGUAAGUCAUUCGUCAUCCAUUCCUGUAAAAUUCCUGUUUUUGUAAUUGUCGGUUAGCCUAAUGUUGGUUGAUCUAGAAAGAGGAAAAAAUGAUAGUUUUUUAAAAGUGAUUUACUUGGCGUAUACGUAGUUUUUAGAACCUUUUUUUCAUAUCAUACUUUUAAUUUUGAAACCACUAUGAUUUUGCAAAUAAUGUGAUAUAUUGUAUGCGUGUAAGUAUCUUUUUAGUGGUACUAAUUAGCAUUUUAGUUUGAAUUUAAUGUAAAUAAAACCAAAUAGUUUUAGCAUUUAUGGUCAAUGGUUGUAAACAUUUUCUAAUUGAAUUUAUAAUAUUGAUUGAGAUAAUUUAUUUAUUUAUAUUUGAAAGUCAUAUGUUCAAUCUGCAAGUGUCAUUGAUAAUAAAUGGCAGGUGAUACAUUUCAUAAAAAGCAACCAAAUCUGAUAUACUAAUGUGUACAGUUCAACUUUACCCUAAUUAUCCUAAAAUAUUUACAUGUGUGAAUUAUAAUUAAAUUCUGUUUAACAAAAUAUAAUAAUAAUUCCAUUUUUUACACAAAUAUUUUUUUUUUGCUAUGCAACGUUCACUUGUAAGUUUCUUAGAAAAAAAAUAAAACUUUUAAAAAGUUC